UUGAGGAUUGGAAAAGAAACAAAUAUAAUCUGCAGGCUAAUGCUGUUCACAGUGUAAAACGAAGAAAAAAUUUACAAUGGGGCUAGAAUUCUUUUUCAAAUUCGGCUAUGCGUUCCUCAUCAUAACGCUUAUGAUAAUGAUAUGGAUGUCUUUGGCGCGCGCCUCGAUGCAUAUGCAUGAAAUGGACGAAAUGCGCUAUCCGCCUUGCACACAAAACGCACUCUGCACGUGCUCGAAAUCAUCGACGGAUCUGGGCGUCGUGCACUGCAAGGAUGUGCCAUUUCCGGCGCUGCCCAAAAUGGUGAACGAAUCAAAGGUUUUUAUGCUACAUAUGGAAAAUACGGGUUUGCGCGAAAUUGAACCUUACUUCCUGCAAUCGACAGGCAUGUAUCGCUUGAAAAUAUAUGGCAAUCACCUGACAGAAAUACCCGACGAUGCCUUUAUGGGGUUGGAACGUUCACUCUGGGAGCUGAUAUUGCCGCAAAAUGAUCUUGUUGAGAUACCGUCAAAAUCGUUCCGUCAUCUACAGAAGUUGCGUCAUCUUGAUUUGGGUAAUAAUCACAUAACACAAGUGCAACACGACUCAUUUCGUGGCCUCGAAGACUCACUGCAAACGCUGAUUUUACGCGAUAAUUGCAUUUCCAUGCUGAUGGCACAUAGCUUUUCUGGUUUACUCAUAUUGGAAACAUUGGAUUUGAGUGGCAACAAUCUUUUUGAAAUUGAUCCUAAUGUCUUUGUGGAUGGUAUGCCCCGCCUAACCAAGCUAUUACUGACCGAUAAUAUUCUCUCCGAGAUACCAUAUGAUGCGCUCGGCCCGUUGAAAACUUUGCGAACCCUGGACAUAUCACACAAUGUGAUAUGGUCCUUGAGUGGCAACGAUACGUAUGACAUUAAAUCCACCACAAAGCUUAAUUUGGACAAUUUGCACUUGGAAUAUAACCACAUCGAUAUGUUGCCACCAAAUUCGUUUAAGAAUUUCGACAUUGUGAACAGGACAUUCUUCGAUGGUAACCCCAUACACACGCUCAGGGAGGAUGCCUUCAAGCCGGCCAAAAUACGUGAGAUCUAUAUGCGUUACUGUGGCCUGACGAACAUCUCGCCAGUGGCAUUCGAUAGUUUGGUCAAUAGUCUGCAGAUACUGGAUUUGUCGGGCAACAACUUAACGCAUUUACACCACAAAUUAUUUAACAAUUUCGAUGUGCUAAGAGUUAUUAGUCUACGCGAUAACAAAAUUAAGAUCGAACAACCUUUGGAGACUUUCAACGCCAUGCAGUAUACCCUGCUGAAAUUGGAUUUGAGCGGCGACAAGAAUGAUCCGACAAAUCUGCAAACGCUACGCAAUAUGACCAGAAUGCGAAAUAUGCGCUCGCUGUCAAUGUCGCGCAUGGGUAGCGCCACUUCGAUAGGUCCGGAUGAUUUCAAGGAUUUUGGUGUUGAAUUAGAGGAUUUGCAAAUCACACGCGCCACUCUCGCCACAAUACAAUCGCAUGCUUUCAAACAUGUACGUGGACUUAAACGUUUGGAUUUUAGUGAGAACGGCAUACAAACGAUUGAAAAUGAUGCAUUUCAUGAGAUUGGGCACUCACUUAUAUCGCUAAAAAUUUCCCAUGGCUUCACCGGCGCUGCCCUACCGGCCGAACCGUUGCGACAUUUGACGUCACUGCAAGAAUUGGACUUCAGCAAUAAUAAAAUUACUAGCAUGAGUGAUACCAGUUUCCAUUUUUUGAAGAAUUUGCGACUACUAGAACUGCACGAUAAUCGCAUCGAACAGGUCAUGAAGGGCACAUUUCAGGGUGAUAUACAUUCGAAGCUAGAGGAAAUAUCAUUGCGUUUCAAUCAUCUAACCCAAAUAUCACAGCAUACUUUCUUCGAUCUGGAGGCUUUACGCAAAUUGCAUCUGGAUGAUAACAAAAUAGAACGCGUCGAACGAAGAGCUUUUAUGAAUCUGGAUGAAUUGGAGCAUCUCAGUUUGCGUGGCAAUAAAUUAAAUAACUUGGCUGAAGAAUCGUUUCAGAAUUUACCCAAAUUAGAAAUUCUCGAUAUGGCCUUCAAUAAUUUACCAAAUUUCAAUUUCGACUACUUUGACCAAGUGGGUACUUUAUCUAAUUUGAAUGUGAAUGUGAGCCACAAUCAAAUCAAAAUGUUAAUGUACAACAGUUCAUGGACGGGUCGGAAUGAUCAUGGUUCAAUGUAUCACUCAAAUAUUAAAUUACUUGACUUAUCACACAAUAACAUCUCUUUAAUACAUCCGGGCUAUUUCCGGCCGGCGGAAAUUUCGUUGACCCACCUAUACAUGGGUUACAAUUCGUUGAUGAAUGCCACGCGUGAUGUCUUCGGCAACAUGCCACAUUUACAAUGGCUGGAUUUGUCUUAUAAUCGUAUACAUGAGCUGGACUUUGAUGCAUUUAAAAAUACCAAACAGCUGCAGCUUAUUUAUCUGGAUCACAAUUACUUAACAGACAUUCCUCAAGACAUCUUCAAACCAAUUAACGCUUUGCGCGUCGUUGAUAUGUCACACAAUCAUUUACGUGGUUUACCCGAUAAUCUCUUCUAUAAUGGCGGCAUGGAAAAAAUGGACGUCUCGCACAAUAUGUUGCUCAAAAUACCUUCAUCGUCCCUAUCCAGCUUAGCCGCUUUGACAUUGUGUGAGUUGCACUUAUCCAAUAAUUUCAUCUCGACCAUACAUAGCAUGGAUUUGUCAAAUAAAUUUAGGUCCCUUCGCUAUCUUGACAUCUCCUACAAUUACCUGUUGCGCAUAGAUGACGCAGUUUUCGCCACUAUGCCACGUCUCGCUGUGCUCGAUCUAUCACACAAUCGUGAUCUAAAAGUGAUGGACAAAUCCUUUAUGGGUUUGGAGAAUUCGUUAAUUAAACUGGGCAUGGAAAAUGUUUCUUUGAGCACUAUACCAGUAAUACGUUUAAAGUACUUGCGUGAAUUGCGCUUGGGUUAUAAUGAAUUGCCAUCGAUACCUCAAGAAUUGGCCUUCAAUAUGAGUAAUCUGCGUAUGAUCGAUUUGUCCAAUAAUGACUUAACUAAUGUACCACUAAUGACGCAAUCACUGCCGCAUUUAAGAAAACUGAUGCUCUCGGGCAAUCCCAUUACCUCGCUGAAUAACAAUAGUUUCGAUGGUGUCAAUGAGGAUUUGGAAAUGUUGGACAUCUCCAAUUUCCGCUUGCACUAUUUCGAAUAUGGUUGCUUGGAUUCAUUGCCACAUUUGCGUUCGCUCAAACUUACCGCCUAUUCACAUUUGGAACAUUUCAAUAUACCACAUUUACUGCGACAUCAUCAUAAUAUACGUGAACUAUGGAUUGAGGCACCACAGCCAUUUACGCGUAUAAUAAAGAAAGGUUCAGGCGCGAAUCAGGACAUACAGCAAGUGCAAAUGGGUCAACCUACAGAUUUGGGUCGCGAAAUGGAGGGUUAUUUGCCGUCUAAGCUGACGAAUAUCACUUUCAGUGGCCCGCAGUUUAGUAGCCUUAAUGAGCGCAUUUUGAAGGGCAUGCGUUCACCAUAUUUGUAUAUGCAACUAUUUAAUACUACGCUUAAGGAGAUACCGACAAAUUUCUUCAAAAAUGUGGGACGCGUGCGUAAUAUCUCACUAGACAUACGCUAUAAUAAUCGCAUGCUGAAAAAGAUACCCAAUCCGAAUACUGGUAAUGUGCCGUAUUUGCCAAAUAGCGUUUUUCUAACAGACCUAAAAAUGUCCGAUACAGAUUUGAAUUGCGAUUGCGAUUUAGGAUGGGUAGAGUUUUGGCAACGCAAACGGCGGCAGUAUAUUUGCUCUUCACAAACUUGGACCGACACCGUAUUUAGAACGUUUAUGAAUUCACCCUGUCAAGUUUAUGGUCGACACAAUUGCGAUGAACAUGACGAUGAUUUGCGUGAGACGCGCUGUGAUAACAAAGGCGGACAGCAAUUAAUGGAAGCACUCAAAUUCGAUUUGGAAUGCGGUUGGGAUAAUGCAGGGUGCCGUGAAACUUUCAUACUCCUCAUAACGGGUUUAUUAAUGAUUGUAUUUUGGAUGUGACUGCUGAGAUGCGCAUUCAAAGUAUCGGCUGACUUUUACAAAACCCUAGAGAAGGUAUACGGAGAUAGUCCGGUUUAAAGAGAAUAUUUUACAAAUAUUGUAAAGCAAAGAGAUCACUA